AUGCCAAACCCUGCACCGAAGGAGGAUACGUGGGCGUUCAAUCCGAUCGGGUCGCCAUUUCCGGACAAUCCUGUCAAAGUGCUGGGCCAGCAGAACAUGUACGUCGCACUGUGGUACAAGAACGGAAAGCCGGUGCACGGCUACGCAUGGAACGACGGUGGCGUUGUACAAGCUUCAUUUCCGUACGGCAAGGCUGAGCUCACAGGGAAAGUCGAUCUUGGCGGCAUGAUUCAGGUGCUGCAGUACAAAGGAGACCACAACUCGCUCGGCUAUUGGUACGAGUGGAUCAAGUACAAGGACCGUUUCGAGAAGACAGAUGAACGUCAACUGGUUCGGUGCGGCGACUCGAUGCCCAUUCUAUGGGUUAAUCGUCCUGGUGGAACACUGCUCGGCUACUUGAACAUGAAGACGGAAGAAGCCUACUUUUCACAAGCUGGCAAGGCAGAAUGCGUCGUUGGAAAACCGCUCUCGGAAAUGAUGAUCAUUAUUCGAAAUCUGAAAGGAGGCCCUCCAGGAUGUGUGUGCGCCAGCUGCCCCAAGGGACCGCCGCCAGUGCUCAUCAUGCUGAACGAGUGGGCAGACAUCAGGAUGGGAGACCCAUGGCCAGGAUAUAGGACGGUGAGAGCUGGUGACAAGACGCUGAACGCAACGGCUGGAGACUCUGCUGAGCAGCAUGUGGCCUUGUGGUACGUGCACGGUGAACCUGUGAUGGGCCGCAUCUGGAACAAUGGUGGAAAGGUCGCUGCUGCAUUUGGCUGGAACGGCAAGGCCUUCACCGACAAUAUUGGCUCCAUUCAAGUCCUCGUCGACCUUCCUGAGCAAGUUCGCGGCUACGACUACCUUUGGCGCCCGUGGAGUGAUGCUGCCGUCUAUGACAAGAACUCCCGAGUGUACUAUCCAGUACACGUGGACCAUGUGAAAGGAAACAUCUCGCCAUGCCUGCUAACUCUACCAAAUGGCAAGGAGGCACUCGGCAAAGCGGACAUCCGUAACGAGCGUGCAUCGGCUGUCGUCGCUGGCAAGGACGAGCGCUUCGAGGGACCAGCUGUCCACAAAUUCUUGGUGCUGUGUCGCAAACCGAAGCCAGGACAGAAGUUCGACGAGUGAUGUGGGCAAUAACAGAAACUCAUAGGAUUGUGAUAUGUAUAUUCCCCAAACUUUUUGUAAUGUGUCCUAUUUUCCCUAAUUUCCCAUCAUAAUUGUUCAUAUUUUGUUGUAACCCUUUUCUAUUUGUUAUUUUUUGUAUAUAUGUAUGUUUGUUGAAUGUAUGAUAAAUAAAUUUGUUUUUGAUUUUUUUUUUGAUUCUUUCUGACAUCGUUUUGAGCCUUUUAGUAUUUAAGCUGCUUCCCAUAGUUUGAGCUUUUGGAUUUAAGUUGC